CAAUGCUAUGGUCGACCACCACGAGGAUGAGCGAUGACCACUACGUGCAUUCUCUAGGCGCCUAUCUGACUAUCACUUUCUCCAAAGAUCUUCAGGAAGGUCCAACGCUCUCUACAAUGGCGUUCUCCCCUUCAAAUCGUACCUCUACCUCGGGAAUUUUCUGGUUUGGCAUCAUCUUUGGCCUCCUAGCCUCUUGCCUACAAUCAGCUGGGAUUACACUUCAAAGAAAGUCGCAUGUUCUAAAUGAGCGUUUGCCAGAGGAAGAGAAAUGUGUCGAACAUAGGAGACCUCUUUGGCUGCUGGGGUUCGCCGUGUUUAUCUCAUCCAAUGUCGUAGGCUCUUUGGUCCAAAUAGCGUCUCUUCCCGUCGUCAUUCUCGCACCUUUGGGUGCUGUGUCGUUGUUGUGGAACGCAUUUUUCGCACACUUAAUCCUUAGAGACGUAUUCUCACCAUGGAUGAUUCUCGGGACACUGUUUAUCGCAGGCGGCGCAGUACUGAUAGCCAUUUUUGGAAUCGUACCGGAGACAACUCGCUCUCUGGAAGACCUUUUAGGGUUGUUUAGAAGACCAGCUUUCGUGGCGUACUUCUCGUUGCUCGGAGCCGUUGUUGUAUCUAGUCUCGCCGUUACCCAUAUUACGGAGUAUUCCUUAAUCCGACGUAACACUCACUCUGAUACAGAGUCCAACACACCAAGCACUCCUCCCUUUAGUUUCCCAGCCGACCCGUCUAUUUUGACAACAAGUGUUACCGACACUAUCACUGAAACCAUCACGACAGAGCGGACGCCUUUACUUGACCGCAAAUCACCACAAUCACCUUCAUUCAAUUUGUCAAAGCGCGAUCCUGAUCUUCGUUCCAUCAAUCGAACACGUCUCAUCCUUGCUAUCUCCUAUGCGUCAUUCUCUGGUAUAAUAUCGGGAAUGUGUCUUCUCUUCGCCAAGAGCGGCGUCGAACUCCUGUUAUUGACGAUAAGGGGAGACAGCCAAUUCUGGCGCUGGCAAGCGUGGGUCCUUGUCCUCGGUUUAGUGGCAUUUGCGUUACUACAGUUGUGGUAUCUUCACAAAGCCUUGGUGUUGGCUAGUCCAACACUGGUCUGUCCUUCGGCAUUUUGCUUUUAUAAUCUAUCAUCGAUCCUGAAUGGCCUGGUUUAUUUCAAUCAAUUUUCCCUCAUCCCUCCUCUGCAUCUGUGUCUAGUGGUUCUAGGCAUUGUCGUUCUACUGGGUGGGGUAUGGAUUGUAAGUAUACAGUCUGGAGACGGAGAAGUCGAGCCAUGGGACAGCGACAACGACCUUAGUGACGAAGAAAUGGUCGAAGAAGCUGCUCCGAGCGAGCCGGAAAUCACAGUCUCAGACAGUCCUACUGCACCCGCUCUUCCUUGCCUCAUCAGAAGACCAGAUGUGGAAGAAUUACCGUGGGGUAGUCGCUCAGAGCCUAUCAUGCGUCCUUCAGCAGCUACGGGCCUGGGGCUCGACCUUGGCUUAGAUCGUCCCUUACCCCCACAGCCAACAAUUUCCCUGUCAGAAGCAUCAGAAAGAAUUCAACAAUCACACACUACGAACUCCAAUACGGGCCACUCUCGCCGGCGUAGGCCGACAAUGGAUGAUUAUACUCUUUUACACCGUUUUCAUCAUGUACCAUCAAAUACCACUCUACAUUCCCAUUCACACAUGCAUAAUUUGCAACUAUCCCCACCUUUAAACUCACGGAAUGCCGUUUCAACACUGGCUGGAGCUGGUUUCCAGAUUGGACUGUCUGCUGUGAGUCCAGGGUUCUCAAUUGUUCCUCGGGAACGGAGACGAAGGAUCAGUAGUUUUGGAAUGGGUGCCUCCAUUAGCGGAGAGGAAGAUGACAUAGAAAGGAUGGAGAGAGCACGGCGAAGAACUGUGAGUGAUGGACAUGUAAGAACCGAAGUGGUUUUGGAAUCAGAAUGCCAAGAUCGGGAAGAUAGGGUAGGUUCUGGUGCGCAGAGCAGCCCCAACGGGAAGGGGAAAGGAAAGUCGGUGAGGCGCUGGGCAUGGCUUGGAAGGACAUUUAUGGGACGGGACUGAUACAUUCUAUAACUGUUUUAUAUAUUUUAGUGUUUAUAUUAGUUUUUUAUUGCAGCGCACGUGAUCGCGAUGUUCGAUUCGCGUCGCCGUCCGCCG